AUUCCGUCGAAUUCAGUUCAACAUUAACCAUAACGUCGUACGGUUCGGUGGUGCGCGUGAAACCCUCCAACGUUCGAGUGACAGUCGCUACAUACAUACCUAUAUGUGUGUAACGUUCAAAUAAAGCAAAUCGAGAAAGGACAUUCGCGUGUUGUUUUUGUAUUUAUUGUUUUUUUUUUUCGCUGUUUGUUGUGCUAAAGAUUAUCGCUAGUUUUACAAAUUCGACUCGCUGUUGAUUUGCUGCUGCGCCCGAAGAUAACUGUUUCGCCUGCAGCCAUGAGGAUUACACUUGUGCUGUUGAUUGGGAUUUCGAUAUCCAUAGCAUCAGCGCUGGCUACAGCCGACGGCUCCGAUGCCAAACAACGUGCCAAGGCGUCGACGGUGAAGUCUACUACAAAUACAAAGGUCGCAGAGAGCGAAAAUACAAAGGCAGCGACAAAAACAUUAGCGAAGCCUGCUACCAUAGUGAAGCCAGCUCGUGAAGCGAAGGUUCUUAAGUCAUCAGCAGGGACCACGAACACCAACGAUAAACGCGGAAAGCGCACACUUUAUGACUUCGAAAACGCCGGUUUCCUCUAUCCGGAAAUCGCAAGUCGACGAGCGGGCUACGAAAAUGACGGACAAGCUUAUUACCCACAAAGUGGUUAUUACAACGGACAAAGUGCGAUUGCACAAUUCCCAAACAACUACGUUGGACCCCAAUAUUAUCCACAAUAUCUGGAAGCGCCCGAGCCCAUCAUUGAGAUUAUCAUAAAGGAUUCAAAUGAAACUCUACCUGAGCCCGAACCGCAACCCAUUGUUACCAAGAAGAAGAAAGAAAAAGUUCAUGUAUUCUAUGUGAACUACAAGAAGGACCAGAAUAACAAAUUGCAUUUGGAAAGUCCCAUCGCCUCACUUAACAACGAUGACAACGAAGAAGAGGAGGAGGAAGAGGAGAUCGUUCAUUACCCAGUACCUGCAACACCAGCUCCACCAGUGAAGACCACCACAUUGCGCACUAUCAUCCAUCCGGAUUCUGAGAAGUAUCACAGCAAUAGUGGUAUUCAUGUAACCUUCGGUUCCGAGAGCAAGUCCCAAACGGGACACCAGCUUGAAGAACACAACGCCGAAAGCGUACAGAGCCAAGUGGUUGCCAUUCCUGUCGGCGGUGGCGCACAGUCUGGUAGUUUCAAGGCUGACGCUUACAAUACACGGUCUGACUUCGGAGCUAGCACACAUAGUCAGUCGCAGGCUGGUGCCAAUCAACUAUUUACAGGACAUUUCCAGCAGGCACACCAGCAGCAGCAACAACAACAAGCCCAACAGCAGUACCAGCAUCAGAAGCAGCAACUCCCAUUGCAACAAAACGGCAAUUACUUCCGACCACCAGCAGCCCUUGUCCAGCAGCAGCCUUCUCCGAACUUCUACCAAAAGCAGCAACAAUCACAAUAUCAACACAACCAGCAACAGCAGCAACAGUCACAACAACAACAGCGCCCUCAGUUCAGUUCAUCGUUUAAAAAUGUGGCCGCUCCACCACCGCCACCACCCCAACCAGCUCUGCCGACUUUGCAACAGCUGCCACAACUGCAGUCACAAUUUCGUAAAAAUUUUGGAGCUUCUAGUUCGCCACAAAGUCACUUUUACUCCAACCACAACCAACAAUAUCAGCAGCAGUCCAGCAAUCAGCAACAGUCCUUCUUCAGCAGUCUAAUCCAGAAACCCACACCCGCUCCAUCGAAACAAUCGGUGUUUUUCCCCACCGCACCACCUAAAACUCAAGAGUUGCCUUCCCGCCAAUCGGGAUUACCUUACCAGCCAGUUAAGUUCCGUCCCACACUGCCAGCACAACCCCACAUCAAGCAAGUGCCCAUACCGGCUAAGUUGGAGAACACCAAUUACCAAACUUCACAAACGCAACAACAACAUUACCAUCAACCACAACACUCCUCAAACGCGGUGAAACACCAGCAGAGCUAUCACUCACAACAGCCCUUCCAGUUCAAUCGGCAACCACAAUAUGUCCAACAGCCGACGUUCUCACUACCGUCACCACAGACGACACAAUCGAGCAGCAACAAUGGCAACAACAGCAAUUACUUUAAACAGACUUCUCAACAAUCUCACUCCCACUCGCAGUUGAUCAGCCAGAAAUUGGCCUCAAGUCGUUUCCAACCACAACAGCAACAACAAGCACAACAAUCAUAUCAGCAACCUCAGCAACAGGUUCAACAGCAGCAGAACCAGCAAAAGGCUCACCAACAGUCCUACCCACAGAUCCAACAACAAUCGCAACAACAGCUACAGCAGUCACAGCAGCAAACUUAUCAAACACAACAGAAAAACCAACAACAAAUUCAGAGUCAACAGAGCAGCUUGCCAAGUUCAAACAGCCCCACCGCUGCCUCCUUGCAGUCGCCAUCGGAUCCAAUUAGGUCCAUUCACAACUACUUCGGUGUGCAAGCUUCCAAGGAAACCGAGCUUCUUAAGUCGAUACCGAAAUAUGAACAGCACAUAACAGAAACCAUCGAGACCCCAAUCGGCGGCGGCAGCAGCAGCGGGCAAUACAACAACUUUGGCAGUUUUGGCUACCACACACAAAAUCAGGUGUUGCACGACAUACCAGCACCGCACUUGGGUCCCACGCCAGCACCACAAAGCGCUCAACAAUCUUACCAACAACAGCAACAGUCCAGCUCAAGUUUUGCAAGCGGCAGCUCAGUGAAUACUCAUUACAUCACAGCGGCCGCAUUGCAAUCGGUUAAAAAUCAACAACAACAACAACAAUUUAGCAAUUUUGUGACAGCACAGAACAACCACCAUUCCGCCUAUCCCACGACGACGCCAGCGCCUCCACAGUACGCCCAAACGACAGAUGGCGAGAAGGUCAUGAUUAUAACGCCUUUGCCACCGACUGCAUAUAACCAAUAUCACUCAAGUCAGUACCAGCAGGAGGCAGGUGCUACGCAAGUGCUCGCCAGUUCGCCCGCAUUGCAGACACAGCCCGCGACCAACUUCGCGCAGCAACCGAGACAAUCCGGUGCCGGUAGUUUGAUAUCUUCAACCGUUCCCAACGCCGCUGCGGGUGGCUCGUCACAAUUUGGCGUAUCGACCUUCCACUCUGAUGUAUUCAGGGAACUUGAACAGCGCCGCAAUGAAGAAAAGUCUGCGGUGAGUCAAUUCAGUUUCGGCUCACAGGUAGCAUCAAGCAAUGACAAGCCCUACCUACCCGCUGUUCAAGCCAGUGCCAGCAACUCCAAUUACGGUGCAGUCUCUACCGCAACCAGCAGCACUGCCGCUCCACAGAGUGCCCAGAACAUCCAGGGAAGCAACAAAGAAGCUAAAGCAUCUCAAACACUACUUCAAUUGCCCGACGAAGUUCCCGAUGACUUGCGUCAACAGCUGCUCUCAUCCGGCAUUCUCAACAACGCCGACAUUUCUGUCUUGGACUAUGAUAAGGUGGGCGAUGUAGCUUUGGAGAAUCUACCUGCCGAGCACCUGCAGCACUUCUAUGGCGCUGGAGGAGCAGCACAGAUUUCCGCUUCUAAAAAAGUAGUCACGGUCGUCAAGCCGAAUGGAGAUAAAGUCUCACUUAGUGAAAAGGAUAUUGAACGUGUCAAGCAGUCGAACGCAUUACCCCACAAACAAGGUGUUGAUGUAAAAGUAGUGCAUUUUGGUUCUGAAAAUGAGAAGAGUGUUUCGGAAAAGUAUAUUAAGACCGAUGCGACGGUGGUGCCACCUGUCGACUUGGCCGAACGCCAGUACAAUCGAUAUUUACCGCUAAAAAUUAACGGUGCCCAUUUCCCUUUACCCGAUAGUGAUGAGUUGCGUGGUAAAAAGAUCGUGAGCGUUGUGGUUUUGGCACCGGUGGAGGCCCAACCACCAUCCAAUGAUAGCAGUGAACGGCGUAGUGAACGCGAGACCGCUGCAGAUGACAAGGAAGUGAAAUUUAUUGGUGGUGAUCUGAUCAAGACUUUGGUGAAGAAGCCUACAAAGGAGAAUUUCAAACGUUGGUUGGAGAAGGAAGCCCGAACGGACUUGGAACAGCAAUCCGUGGUCCUUCUAGUGGCGAAAUCCAGCGACGAAGCAGAGCAAGAGAUCUUCAUGUACGACAUAUCGACGGGGGCAGUGAAUAAAUUGAAUGGUGAACUCUCCAGUUCUUUCGUAAAUGUGGCUGAGGAGAAUGCCAGCUCAGAAGAUUUGGAUCACGCCUCCACCUUGGACCCCAGCGUGCUAGAGACAAUGAUGCAAAAGAGCCGAAGAUGAGCGAUAAGCGCUGCGAACAAUUGUGCCACUCAAAUGUGCGAGAAAAGCCAUUUAAAUAAAGACAUUUUUAAAACACUAACUGUUUGAGGAAAAAACUAAAACGACUCGUGAGAAAUCAACACAAAUUCCUUAGAAAUUGAGCCAAGCGUCACCAGCGGAAAACGACUUGCGGGGAUAUUCCCCACACAAUCGCCACCACCUUUGUUCUUAUUUUUAUAAUCUUCCCAUUUCCUAUUUCUUCCGUUAUUAUUUUUCCAUAUUUUUUCCGGGUAACGGUUCGCGGUGGGCUUUUAUUUCUCUUUUCUGUUUCUUCAAAAAUCUAUGAAGUACUCUUUUCGGCUGCUCUUCAACUUUUGUAUAAAUUUUAUAUUCUUUAUUUAAUUAAUUAUAGUUAAUUUUUAUACGAUAAAUAUUUUUGUACAUAUGAAAGUUAAAAUUAAUGAUGAAAGAGAACUAUAUUUUAUGUAGUCUAUAAAAUGUUAAUAAAAAAAUUACAAAAACAA